AUGACCACCCGCCUCACCCCCCUCUUCAUCCUCUUCGCCAUCCUCUUCAUCCUCGCCGGCAUCGGCUACAUCGCCUACUCCAUCGUCCAGGACGUCUCGCGCCACACCCGCUCGAAAAUGGAAGGCAAGAACGUCAUGGUCACGCGCGAGGGCAUGAAGGUCGGCGUGCGCGAGGUGAAAGAGGAGGAAUAUGUGGAUCGGAGUCAGAGUAUUCUCGUGAACAUGUGGAAUCACACUUCUUUCCCUGCGUAUAAGAGUCGGUUCUGGGAUAUGACGAAGCCGACG